AAAUAUUUGGAAUAAAAAAUUAGAAUAAGCUUUUUUAUAACUACAUUAAGAUAUGCGGUUUGAAGGCAAUGAAAGAUUGGAAGAUACUUCAGCUUGCGCUGGAGUAAGAGCUGAUUUGAAGAUGUGCUUGCUGGAAAGUGAUUGUUGCAAAAAGGACAAACGUACACCCCGGGAGUGUUUGCAGAGUAAUUUAGUACCGGAGGAAUGCCAAGUUUUGCGAAACACUUUUUUUGAAUGCAAACGAUCUUUGUUGGAUAAUCGUAUGCGCUUUCGUGGGCACAAAGGAUAUUGAUAUUGUGAUAUUUUUUUGUACGUUUUCUUUUUGUUAAGUUAAAUCGCAAUAAAA